GGCUCCAGCUGACUCUGCGUUCUGCUUGAUUCAGCGACUCGUCCUCACCCCAACGGUCCUGAACCCCCAUUCUCAUAGUUCAAAAGCGAUAAAGCCAACAGCGAUAUCUAUGACGGUCGACGUGGAAGCUGAUCUCUCCAUGGCUGGCAUGAUUUGGUCCUGCCUCAACGAGGCGCUGUGGUUCGCCGCGGGCUUCCUCCUCUUUCGCCUGGCGCUGCGCUGCAACCUGCUGCCCCGCAAGCUGGAGGUGAAGUGGCUGGCAACCAACAGCCCCAGCAGCCCCACCAGCCCCAGCAAGGCGCGGCUGCCGCGGUGCCCGGACUCCGCGAAGGUGGUGGAGGCCGGCGAGUCCAAGGACCACGCGGCGGUGCUGGGCUUGUGGCGCGGCGGAGGCGCUCUGCAGCCCCAGGCCCUGGAGGCAGUGGCCCUGGCUCUGGCGGCGGAAGAGCCGGAGAACAUUGGAGAGCUGGCAGUCUCGUUGGCCAAGACGGCUUUGAAGCCGGCCCUGGUGCAGAGCCUGGUGCAGGCGCUGCUGCGGGCGGGGCACUUGGAGCUGGCCCAGGAGUUUGUGCUGGUCCUGCAGGCCGAGAAGCAGGGCUCGGCCGUGGCGACCAAGGUGUGGGAGCUGAUUGCCGGCACCUUCGCCGCCAGGCUCCAACUGGCGCCCCUGAGGCGCCUGCUGCAAACCCUCGGAGGCGACGCGCGAACCUUCGCGGCCAACGCGGCGACACGGCAGCUGCUGGCGCGCGGUGAAGUGUCGGAGGCGCUGAAGCUGCUGAAGGACCUGGCGCUGGAGACAGUGCACAGCUCCACCGUCACCGCGAUGCUGGAAGCCAAGGACGUGUCCGUCUCCGAGGUCUUGAAGGUCUUGGAAGGUGUCACCCUGCCGAUGGAAGCGGUGACGGGCGCCAUGUCUUCCUUCCUGAAGAGCGACGACUAUGCCAACGCGUGCCUGGUAUUACAACGUCUCCGUCAGCAGGGGCAGGUGCCCUUCCCGGUGCUGGAGCCUCUGCUGAAGCUGGCGGCCAAGCACGACGAGGAGGCCGCCAUCGGCUUGUUGAAGGAGAUGGAGGAGCGGCAGAUGUUCCUCUCCGAGGGCUUCUGCGGGCUGGUGCUGUCCCGCUGCGGGGAGGCCCACCAUAUCCGCCUGGCUGAGGUGGUACAGCGCUACCUCCGGGAUCGCAAGAUGACCACGCUCGCCACCUACAAGACACUGAUGAAGGUCUUCGCCACCUGCGACUUGCUGAGCCGCGCCUGCGAUUUGUACGACGACAUCCUGGCCGACGGCAUCACCCCAGACAGCGUCAUGUACGGCUGCCUGGUGAAGUUUGCGGUGAAGUGCGGCCGCGAGGACCUCUCCCAGCGCCUGUUCAAUGCUGCGUCGGACAAGCCCCAGGGCGGCGACGUGCAGAACUACAUGUGGCUGAUUCGAUCCGCAGGUCAGAAGCGGGACGUGCCACGUGCCAUUGGACUCUUGCGGCAGUUGGAGAAGACCACCGCGGUGGAUGCGGCGGUGUACAACUCCGUGCUGGACGUGUGCAUGAAUUCCGGGGAUGCGGAGCAGGGCGAGGCCAUCUUCCAGGAAAUGCAUCAGAAGCACCUGGUGACGCUCAUUAGCUACAACACGUUGUUGAAGGGCUAUGCUGCCAAGGGCGACUUUGGGCGCGCCCAGAAGCUGCUUCACGAGAUGAAGGCCGCUGGCCACGUGCCCAACUCCGCUUCCUUCAACUGCCUCAUCAGCGCAGCAGUCUCCGAAGGGGACUUUGACCAAGCCUGGAGUCUCUACGAGAAGAUGCAGAAGUCUGGCGUGGAGGCAGACAGCUUUACCGUGUGCAUUCUCAUGAAGAUCGUGCGGAAGGCGCGAAGCCGCCAGGAAGCCCAGUGGGCCCUGUCCAUCCUGGACCAGUCCAAGGUGGAGAUAUGCAAAGACGAGGUUCUCUUGAACACCAUCCUCGACGCCUGCAUUCACUUGAAGGACGUGCGGCGCCUCUCCUGGGUCCUCCGACAGUUCGAAAAGGCCACGCUGAAGCCAUCGGUGCAGAACUAUGGGCUGAUCAUCAAGGCCUACGCCUGCCUGAAGCAGACCAACAAGUGCUGGUCAGUGUGGCAUGAGAUGACGGAUAAGGAGCAGCGAGGCCUCUUGCCCUCUGAUGUGGCGCUGAGCUGCAUGCUGGAUGCCAUUGUCAGUGCUGGCCAGGUGGACGAUGCACUCCUCCUCUUCCAGAAGUGGCGCAAGGCGGUCCCUCCCAACACCAUCAUCUUCUCCAACCUCAUCAAAGGCUUCGCAGUACAGGGCGACGCCGAGCGAGCCAUGGACAUGUACCGUGAGCUGAAGGCGGAGGGCCUCCGCAUGAACCUGGUGGCCUACUCCACGCUCAUGGAUGCCCAGGCGCGGGCUGGGAACUUGGACAAGGCCCACAGCUUGCUGGAGCAGAUGGUGCAGGACGGAGUGCAGCCUAAUACCAUCACCUACUCUUCGCUGGUGAAGGGUCAUUGCCUGAAGAGCGACCUGGAUGGGGCGCUCCGAGUCUUCGAGGCGAUGGUGGCCAAGGGCAUUUUGCCGGACACGGUGAUGUACAACACGCUGCUGGACGGAGCAGUACGGAGCAGCCGCUUCAACCUCUGUGAUCAGCUGCUGCAGGAGAUGUCCAAGUCCGGAACGGAGCCUUCGAACUUCACUCUGUCCAUCAUCGUCAAGAUGUGGGGCAAGCGCAAGCAGCUGGACAAGGCCUUUGCGGCGGUGCGCCAGCACAGCCAGGCGGGGCACGUACACCUCGACUCCAAGCUUUGCACCUGCCUGAUCAGCGCCUGCUUCCACAACGGCGCGCCCCAACGUGCCAUAGCGGCGCUCGAGGAGAUGAAGUCCCUGCCGCACUGCGAUGGCCCGGACGCCGGCACCUACGAGCAGCUGGUGGAACAGCUGGUGAAGGCGCGGAUGGGCCAGGAGGCGGCGAAGGUGGCGCGGCAGGCGCUGGGCCUGGCCGUGAAGGGCCAGAUCAAGCCGCUGAACAACCUGGUGUUGCGGCAGCUGCAGCGGCACCUGGAGCAGAGCGGUCACGCUCACCUGUGGACCGCCCUGAAGGAGCAACUGUAGCUCCGGCUGGCAACUUGCCGGCACUGCGUCUUUUGAGACGCCUCCUUAUCCCCGGCUGUUGCCGGGCUUUUUCUCUUUUGAGACGCCUCCAGGAAGGCAUUGCCUUCGCACGCUGAGCGGAUGGCAACCA